CUCGUUUGGUGGUCGAAUUUAUGAUGGAAGUACAAAGUAUGAACCUCUUAUCGGUCCAUGAUAGAUACAUGUAAAUACUUCCCAUCGGAGUUGACCUUCCGCGUCUAGGAGGACCCUUGAUAACGAAGGCAAGUCGAUACCGAUAAUGUCGGCCUAUCUUGACCUUUUGAGCUGAGCUUGAAUGAUAGUAACUGCAGUCCUUCAAUCCAGAUAAUGAUGUUGAGUCUUGCUGUAUGUAGCGCGUUGCUGCCAGAGUGUUGCCGCUUUUCGCCUUUCCAUCUCGUGCGUCGGUCCCAAGCAUCAAUCUCACUUUCCUAUCAACAUGCUCUUACAGCGAGCUUCUACUCUGGCCACAUCACUAACACAAAGAUCGGGUAAGCUACUCCUGUCGUCUCAUCACCGUGCGUAAUAUGAACAUCGGUUCGACACGUUGUCGUCAAGCUACAUGGCUUCCAGAGGACCAUCUGAAAUCAAUGAGCUCUGAGGCAGACUCACGGCGUCUGUCUCAACUCACAGAUCGACCCACUCUCCAUGAAUUCCUAGCUAGUGAUAGGGCCACAAUCACAACUUUCUUAAUAGGUCACCGAGAUCCAUAUCGGCCUUCCCAAAUGGCAACCACAUCCCCUCACCAACGCGCCAAGCCAAAACUGAUCCCGGAAGCCGGCAGCUCGAUGCAUCCAACCACAUCCGCCAAGCCAACCUGACUCUCUCCACCAAACGCCACCAAAACUAAAAUCCCUUCGAUCGUUUCUUUUUCCACAGAUCCUUCACCCUGGUAUAGAGUGGUCUAUGAUGGAGCAAAACAAGAAGCCCAACGUGGGGCUCGAACCCACAGCCUCAAGAUUUCAGGAUAGAAGUCUUGCGCG